AUCGGUCCUGAUUCAUCAUGACUGACAACAGAGGCUCAGAAGACAGCCUGAUGCAGACUGAUGAUGAACAGACUAAAGAAGUGAUUACCAUUCUGAAAGAAAUAAGGGCUAACCUCACUGAAAAUGAAAGAGCCCAACUUGAUGAUGAGAUAAAGCAGGUAACCAAAGAAUGCACUGAAAGAGGUGAUUUGAGUUUAAGAAUUGUGUCAGAAAUAAUGAGGAACUUUGUAAAUGUUGUGUCUGUUAAGCUUGGUGUGAACCUUGAAGCGACGAAACAGAUUAUCCGAAUAUUCCAUCUUUGCUGGAAUAAACAAGGACUGUCAGAAACCAUUAUGAAAGAGAUUUUCAAUGAGGAUGAGAAUGAAGAACCAGAGGUGGAUAAGCAAAUCCCCAUGGAAGUAAAAGGUUUGGAUGACACAAAACUUCGCAUGUUUGCUAAAGCUUUACAAGAGGGUCAUGAAGAAGUACAAAGAAUUCGAGCAAUGGUUGUUGGCAUGUUUUCCGUUGGAAAAACAUCCCUUGUCAAUAACCUCAUUGACGAUUUAAAGAAUAAAAGACCACCUUCGGUUUAUGAGCAAUAUCCACCAAGUACUGAAGGCAUUGAUGUACACUUGUGUAAGAUUGAAAAUGAAAAAUGGAAAAAGCUGGCCUUGACGCAGAAACGAAAUAUGAAACAUGCGCUGGAAAACAGUAUGGCUUAUAAACAGUAUGACGAUGUUGAUUCUGGUAUGCCUGUUGUAGAGCAAGAACCCAUUCAAGAAGAAGAGAUGGAAGUAGGUGAACAGACUGAGGAAAAUACACAUGUAAAGGUGCCUGAACAGCCUCCUGUUUUUGUUCCAGUUGACUUGGAGAAAUUAAAAAAGAAAUUGGAUGAACCUGAUGAAAUAGAACACACAGAAGAAAAACCUCAAACUUUUUAUACCAAAGCUCAUGAAGAAAUAAGAAAAGAAUCAGACUACCCAGGAAAUCCACCACUUGUUUCAGUGUGGGACUUCGCAGGGCAGAAUUUGUACUAUUCAACCCACCACUUUUUCUUGAACAAGCGGUCAAUUUACCUUUUGUUGAUGGAUAUGACAAAACAGUUAAGUGAUCUUGUUGAAGAAAGUGAAUCAUUAGCUGGUUUGGUUCAUGAAAAGUUCACCUGUCUGGAUGCCUUCAAGUUUUGGCUGAAUUCCAUCCACAUGUACAGCUCAAUUCAUGAUCAAGAACACGAAGAUAAACCAACGGUCAUCCUGAUUGGCACUCAUAAGGACGAGAUGUCCGGCACAGAUGAAGAAAAAGAAGAAUACAUGAAUGCCUUCUUUAAUGACGCACUGAAACCAUUUAUUGACUCAAAUAUUUUAAAGCACGUACACGAUAGAAAAUUUCUCGUGAACAAUCUUGAUGCAAAAGACCCAGUUUUUGAUGAAAUCAGAAAUGAAGUAAAAAAGGUGGCUGAAGUCCAACCCUAUUGGAAUGAAAAGCAUCCCCUGAAAUGGAUACAGCUUGAGAAAACCUUUGAACAAAUGAGAGGGGACGGAAAAGAAAUGGUAAAACUGCGUGAGGUUGAAGCUGCAAACAGAGAGAACCCACGACCAUUGGAAAAUGCCCAGCUACUGUUGUUCUUGGAAGUUCAGCACAUGUAUGGUAACAUCCUUUACUUUAAAACAGAGGAAUUGAAAGAACAUGUCAUUUUGUCCCCACAAUGGAUCAUUGAAGCCUUUAAAUGCUUCAUCAACCACAAAGAGAAACAUGUUCCACCAAAGCUCCUUAAACAGUGGCAAAGUUACAAAGAGUCUGCUAUAUUAGAACCGGAGUUGCUGCAGGCAAUUUUGGCGCACAGUGCUCCACAGAUAAAAGCCAACGCUGCUGUUGUCGUUGAAUACAUGGAAUACUUAAAGAUUAUGGCCAAGCCAAUACAUUUGGAAGAUUAUGAAGAAGAAGAAAGAGUUCAGCAAGAUGACAACAGCUGUGUGGAUCCUAAUUACAGAGGUCCCAUUUGUGCGCCUCUCAAUUCAGGUACAAACUUUCAUAUCUUACCUUGCCAGCUCAAAGCAAAGCCUACAGAUGAUCUUGAAAAAAUAACAAAUCCACCAAAUCGGCAAAACACUGAAGCCCUCUGUUUUGUUUUCAAAGACAAUUUUAUGCCUCCAGCUAUUUUCCACAGGCUACUUGCUGCUUGCAUUAGGAACUGGAAAAUUGCAACACUGGACAGAAAAAAUAUGAUGUACAAUAGCUUUGGCGUAUUUAGAGUGAAUAGUCAGGCUCAGCUCAGAGUAUGGUACGUUGACCACAUCGUCUAUGCAAGGAUGUCAUUUAUGUCGAAGCUUAAGAAACAAGCAAUAGAUUCUGGUGUUUGUACGGAUGUCAGGCGUGUUUUGUACAGCAACUUGAUGGCUAUCCUGGGCCUUUUACCAAGGUCAAAGAACUUCGCAAAAACAACACCAUACGAAGAACAUAUUCAGUGUCCUGAAAUAAAUGAACCAGGCGUUGGACUUUUCCGAGUAAAUGCCUUACUUACAGAUGGAGAAAUUUGUUGUGAUGAUCAUAAGAUGGGUGACGAACAUACAAUGCAAACAGACGAACAUCUGAAGUGUUGGUACAGCGAUGUUCUAAAGCACAGGGAAGAGAGAGAAACGACAUGCGAAGGUGUAUAUUUAGAUAUUGUUCCAACUGAUAAACACUUAUCAAAGAUUGCAUUAUGCUUGAAAAAAAACAAAGAGAUUUGGCUCAUAGGCAUCGAACUUGGAUUAAGACAAGUUGAUAUGGAACAAAUAAGACAAGACCACUUUGAUACAAGAGAGGACUUUAUAUUCCAUGUGUUACUCAAAUGGAGACAACAGAAGAAUGAAACACUCAAGAAACUGAAGCAGGUUUUUGUCGCCGUGAUGAAAAAUUCACCAGAAGUCACCUUUGAAAUAUUUUCAGCCCUUAAGGAGUUGACAAAAGAUUAGCGAAAACUAGGCUGGUGGGCGUUCGGGUGUCGUAAAAGAAGGCGUUGAUUUUUUUUUACAUCACGAAACUUGGUCGGAAUAUUUGUCAGCAUGGACAUUGAGACCAGUGUGAAUUCGGGUCAUCUCGGGUAAAAACUAAGUCACUGCGUCAAAUGAAGGGAAAACAUUUAUCCUGUCUUCAGGAAACUCGGUCAGAAUUUUUUUGUGCAGCACAAUCAGUAAGACUUGUGUAAAUAUGGGUCAUUUCAGAUAAACAGUAAGGGCACUAUGUCAAAUAUUAAACAGAAAAUGUGUUAAAGUUUGUUUUCUUUCACAAAUUCAACAGCUUUCAUCCAAUCUUCAAGAAACACAGUCAGAAUAUUUCGCAGUAUGCCAUUUAUGAAAAGGGUGAUUAUGGGUCAUGUCAGGUCAAACACUUGGUCGAUGGGUCAUGUCAGGUCAAACACUUGGUCGAUGGGUUAUAUCAGGUGAAACACUUGUUCGAUGGGUUAUGUCAGGUGAAACACUUGUUCGAUGGGUUAUGUCAGGUGAAACACUUGGUCGAUGGGUUAUGUCAGGUGAAACACUUGGUCGAUGGGUUAUGUCAGGUGAAACACUUGGUCGAUGGGUUAUGUCAGGUGAAACACUUGGUCGAUGGGUUAUGUCAGGUGAAACACUUGGUCGGACUAGUGAGAAUGUGCGUCAGCAGCAUUUUGUUUUUCCUCCUGAUCAUGAUGCAAAUCAGCAAUUGUCGGACUGAAAAAUCCGGCUUUAAUUCGAUGUCCGCGUGAACAUAUUGUUGUUGUUUUUGUAUAAAGAGUUUUGAUUGUUUAUAUGAAGAGUUUGGUCUUUAUCGAUACUGUUAUUGUAAAGAUAUUUUUAGGCUGACAUACGUGUGUAUAUUCUUCAAAUUGCCUUUGCUGAUAAUUAUUGAAAUAAGUGUGACUAUUCUGCAAAUUUCAAUUGUUGAUUAUAUUUCUCAUAUGUGUCUAUAUUCUCAGAUUGCCAUUGCUAAUACUGAUUGAAAUAUGAUAGCCUUUUUAUGAAGUUUCCUAAAUACAUGCUGUUGUUUUUUAAUUAGAUACUGUUUAUUGCCAAGUUCGUCUAUGGCGACAUACGUGUGUAUAUUAUGCAAAUUGGCCUCGCCUAUUAUGAUUGACAUAGGUGUGUAUAUUUUGCACAUUGCCAUUGCUUAUAAUGAUAGACAUAUGUGUGCAGAUACUGAUUGCUGAUACUGAUUGCUAAGACCGAGAAGCAAGUAUGUAAGACUGAGACGCAAGUAUGUAAGGCCGUGACGCAAAUAUGUAAGACCGAGAAGGAAGUAAGUAAAACCGAGACGCAAGUAUGUAAGACCGAGACGCAAGUAUGUAAGGCCGUGACGCAAAUAUGUAAGACCGAGAAGCAAGUAUGUAAGACCGAGACGCAAGUAUGUAAGACCGAGACGCAAGUAUGUAAGACCGAGACGCAAAUAUGUAAGACCGAGAAGCAAGUAAGUAAGACCGAGACGCAAGUAUGUAAGACCGAGACGCAAAUAUGUAAGACCGAGAAGCAAGUAAGUAAGACCGAGACGCAAGUAUGUAAGACCGAGACGCAAGUAAGUAAGACCGAGACGCAAGUAAGUAAGACCGAGACGCUAAUAUGUAAGACCGAGACGCAAGUAAGUAAGACCGAGACGCAAGUAAGUAAGACUGAGACGCAAGUAAGUAAGACCGAGACGCAAAUAUGUAAGACCGAAAAGCAAGUAAGUAAGACCGAGACGCAAGUAAGUAAGACCGAGACGCAAGUAUGUAAGACCGAGACGCAAAUAUGUAAGACCGAGAAGCAAGUAAGUAAGACCGAGACGCAAGUAUGUAAGACCGAGACGCAAAUAUGUAAGACCGAGAAGCAAGUAAGUAAGACAGAGACGCAAGUAUGUAAGACCGAGACGCAAGUAUGUAAGACCGAGACGCAAGUACGAGACGCAAGUAUGUAAGACCGAGACGCAAAUAUGUAAGACCGAGACGCAAAUAUGUAAGACCGAGACGCAAGUACGAGACGCAAGUAUGUAAGACCGAGACGCAAGUACGAGACGCAAGUAUGUAAGACCGAGACGCAAGUAUGUAAAACCGAGACGUAAGUACGAGACGCAAGUAUGUAAGACCGAGACGCAAGUAUGUAAGACCGAGACGCAAGUAUGUAAGACCGAGACGCAAGGAAGUAAGACCGAGACGCAAGUAUGUAAGACCGAGACGCAAGUAAGUAAGACCGAGACGCUAAUAUGUAAGACCGAGACGCAAGUAAGUAAGACCGAGACGCAAGUAAGUAAGACCGAGACGCAAGUAAGUAAGACCGAGACGCAAGUAUGUAAGACCGAGACGCAAGGAAGUAAGACCGAGACGCAAGUAUGUAAGACCGAGACGCAAGUAUGUAAGACCGAGACGCAAGUAUGUAAGACCGAGACGCAAGGAAGUAAGACCGAGAAGCAAGUAUGUAAGACCGAGACGCAAGGAAGUAAGACCGAGACGCAAAUUACCGAGACGCAAGUAUGUAAGACCGAGACGCAAGUAUGUAAGACCGAGACGCAAGUACGAGACGCAAGUAUGUAAGACCGAGACGCAAGUAUGUAAGACCGAGACGCAAGUAUGUCAGAAAUACGAUAGCCUUUUAAGCACUGCUAGAAUAAUGUUGGGUUUUACCGUUUAUCAUUUUAUUAGGUAUUCAUACUGUUUCUUUCAAAGACAUUUUUAGGCUGAUAUACGUGUGUAUAUUUUCGAAUUGCCUUUGCUGGUGAUGUUUUACAUACAUGUGUAUGUUCAACAAUUUACCAUGGCUGAAAAUGAUUGACAUAUGUGUAUUUAUUAUGCAAAUUACAUUUGUUUAUAAUGAAUACAAACAUGUGUAUAGUUUGAAAGAUGCUAUUGCUGAUAUUGAUUUAUUUACAUAAGUGGGUUUAUUCUGCAAAUUUCUAUUGUUGGUAAUGAUUCACAUAUGUGUGUAUAUUCUUCUAAUUGCUACUGCUGAUAAUGAUUGAUUUUGUGCAUAUUUUGCAAAUUGCAAUUGCUGUUAAUCGGUGCUAUGAUGUAGUAGCAAGUAUGUAGAAAUAUGAUAGCAUUGGAAACACUUUCCUAGAUACAUGCUGGUAAGUUGUGGAGACCAUGCUUCUGAUAGGCAUAUUUGUAACUUAGAAAACAAUCAAGUAUAGCAUUAAUAUCUUCAAAAUAUAUUUCGAAAACAUGAUGCUAUGAUUUCAAAAUUCAAACAAUUUUGUCAAUUGCUUAGUCAUGCCCCUUGAAUAACGUUAACAAGGACGAAUAUAGGCACUCGUAUAUUUACUUGUCUGGUUACCUUCACAAAGCAAUCAAGAAAAUUGUUCUCUAUUACAUUUUGUACAAAUAAAUACUGUAUCUGCUUUGUUGAGCAAAGAAGAGGUAUAUCAAAAAUAUACGAAUUGAUGUAAGAAAAGUGUGCUCAGUAAAAAUAUUGAUAGCAUUAUUUUGUUAAACAACAAUACGUAAUUGUUUAUUUGGAACAUGGUUUGAGGUUGCGGUCAGCAUAUUCAGAUUAGAUGUAAUAUUUUUUGUUGACGAAAGAGUCAUAUCGAUUGUACACAUACAUAACACUAAAUGUUAAUAAAAUAUGAAAUACC